AUGUUAAAGCUAUUAAAAGAUAUGUUAUAUUUAAGUAAUGUAGAUGCAGGUGUUGUAAACACUAAGAUUAUUGUGGAGCCUGAAGCAUACGAGAUUUCAAAAAUAGAAAAUGCAAAAAAUCCUAUUUUACUAGAUGCUGCCAAAUAUAAAAUGGUACCUACUUUUAUAUUUACAAUGAUAGUAAAUCCUAAUACUAUUGAUUGUGUCAUUCCUCCUCCUAUAAUGACGCUUUUCAACACUUUUGUAAUCAAAAGUAUGGACUGUCCCACCGUCUAUCCUCUAUGGACCCAUUAUGCUUAUAGUAAGUUCCCCGGAUAUUCUUGUUACGAUUCUGAUAAAAUUCUUAGACAUUUUAAUCCUAAUUGCAAUGACAAUAGUGGUGGAAAGUGUCCUGAAGGUUAUAAAAAAAUUAGUCUUAAAGAAUUUGCUGAUAGAACUGAUGCUGAAUUGGAUAAACUUGUUGAAUCUUCUGCUAUAGGUCCACAAAAGAAGAAAAAGGGUAAGAACUCUCACAAGAAACAAUCUAGUAAAAGCAAGGAAGAAAAUAAAGAUAAAGAAUCUCAAACUAAGGAUGAAAAUAAUAAGGAUGAUAAAAAAGAUAAAGAAACUAAGGAUGUUGAAAAGGAAAAAGACCAAGAAGAGAAAAAGGACAAAGAAGAGAAAAAACCUGAAGAAAAUAAUAAUGAGACUGUUUGA